AUGGGAGAAGAGCUUCAGGGACUUGGAUUUCAUGAUUUGGCGAGGCUGGAGAAAUUGGUCGAGAUUGGAUUAAGCCGUGUUGGGAAAACGAAGAAUGACAAGCUUUUGAUUGAGAUCAACAAGCUGAAGACAAAGGCAAGUUCUAAAAACCCAUUUACCUUUUCUAUAUGUGGUGAUUUGGACUCAGCUCGUGAUUUCGAAUGCACGCUAAAAACUAGCAACGAUCAAAGAAGCUCGGCCGAGUCCAUUGCCAAUUCUCAUGGAUUGUUGAAUAACAGCAAGAGUCUCUCAGAUACCUCUCUCAAGUGGGUAUGUUUCAAUAGACUUACUUCAGAUUAUAUGUCAUGCAUAUGA